AUCCAAACAUGGAGUACAACCCCUCGGACCAUCCACGUGCCAGCACGAUCUUUCUCAGCAAGUCUCAGACAGAUGUUGCUGCCCCCAAUAAGAAAGUACGGGAAAAGCGGAAAAGCCUAUACAUUAACCAUUUAACACACAUCUCGGAGUCCAAGCAUGCGGCUGCCCCCUUGAGACGCAAGUACAGCUCUUGUUCAACCAUUUUCUUGGAUGAUAGUACCGUCAGCCAGCCCAACCUCAAAUACACCAUCAAAUGUGUAGCUCUUGCAAUAUACUACCAUAUAAAGAACAGAGAUGUGGAUGGUAGGAUGGUAUUAGAUAUUUUUGAUGAAAAACUCCAUCCUCUUUCAAAAUCGGAGGUGCCGUCAGAUUAUGAGAAGCAUGACCCAGAGCAGAAGCAAAUCUACCGGUUUGUGCGGACACUCUUCAGUGCAGCUCAACUCACUGCUGAGUGCGCCAUCGUCACACUGGUCUACCUUGAAAGGCUGCUGACAUAUGCAGAGAUUGACAUAUGUCCUGCUAACUGGAAGAGGAUUGUUUUGGGUGCCAUACUUCUGGCCUCCAAGGUAUGGGAUGACCAGGCAGUCUGGAACGUGGACUAUUGCCAGAUUCUAAAGGACAUCACCGUUGAAGACAUGAAUGAGCUGGAGAGGCAGUUUUUGGAGCUGCUUCAGUUCAACAUCAAUGUGCCGUCAAGUGUCUAUGCCAAGUACUACUUUGACCUGCGCUCACUGUCGGAGGCCAACAACCUAAGCUUCCCUCUGGAGCCCCUUAGCAGAGACAAGGCACAGAAGCUUGAGGCCAUCUCUAGAUUGUGUGAUGACAAAUACAAGGACUUGAGAAAAGGCUCCAAGAAGCGAUCAGUCAGUGCCGAUAACCUAACGGUGGUCAGAUGGUCCCCUGCCAUCAUCUCCUAACAACCAGAGACCUUGGGACAGAUAGCCAGAACAUGUGAGGGGGGCCAGGGGCUACAAGAGGCAUCAGACUCCUCACAGGCACGGGCAGGUCUCUCGUUUAAAGGGAUGCCUCUCCUGCUUAGAUACACCACUCUUGAUCAGAGCCUGUGAGGCUCUCACAGAGUGGGGACUCCUCCCCCCUCUUACUCUAAGGUUUUUCCUACCAUAAGUAUUACAGUUUGUGUCUCACUGUACAUAAGAGAUGGUCCAUCACUUCCCCCUCCUCCAUUUGCUUUUUCUUCCUGUUCCUCCUCUUUAUCCUCCUCCAUCUGGACAGCAUAAAGUUUGAUUUUGAAGAAGGCAUCCCAAGUUGGGAAGGACAUCACCACUAGUCAGUUGCCACGAAGGUCAAGGUCAAGGACAUUUGAAGAGGACUCGUAAAAAGACCAAUUUUUGCAAAGUCACCCACCAAGUAAUCGGAGCAGCCACCUACCACUAAGAGCACCAUUCCAACAGUGCAGUUCAAUCAUUAAUGGCUUCCUGCUGUUGCUUUGAUUUGAUAUUUAAUAGCUACCUAUAAUUUUACAUUCCUUUUGAUUCUAGUGGCUUUUGAGUAACAUUGACUCAGCAUGAGAUGUGCAUCAAAGACUGCCUUCAUGUUUGAAGUCAUUAAGUGUGGACAUAGUGGUCUAUGCUCCUUCCCAGAAUUCCCACCAUUUAGAAGAUCCUUCUUGUUUUAUUUUUCUACGAUUCUAAUCCUAUUCUUGGUCAGAUGUCAGUCAAGGUGCAAAUGUUUCAUCAAGCUUAAAGUAUGCCCCAGAAACCCAACUAAGGUCAGCUGUAUGAGCAGGAGCACGGGACUUUCUCAUCUACACGAGCGUCAACAUUUUGGUGAAGGGACCUAUUCUAGUCUUUGAAUGGCAAAACAACAUGUGAAGCACAGAAAGGCUGAGCGGAAUCAUUCCUCUCCUUCAUACAGAUUGCAGUUGUGUAUGCUGUAGGCUUUUAAGGUGCUUUAUUAGGUCUGCGAGGUUUACUGCUGCAGAUCUUUCCCAAGGCUUGCCCCUCUCUCUGAUCAGCAGUCAUCAGCAUAGUGGUGAGGCCCUGGGAACCAUUUUCAGAAAGAGUCAUCUUUGAAGCAAAGAAGGAUGGAAGUAUGGAAGGUAAAGAAAGUAAAAAGUCACAUUACUAUUGGCAAACACAGAUGCCACCAAGUGGAAAGACCUACACAUAUUAUCAUUGUUCAUUUUGAGAUUACAUUACAUUUUAAGAUAUUUAGAUAUUCUUUCAGUGAAUCUACAUGCAGUGACUUAAACCAAGGCCAUCAGGAAAAGACUUGUACAUUUAGAUUUUUUUUUCUUUUAAUGUUAAAGAUUAGUGAGAUGUAGCCUUCGGUAGAGGACUUUAGUCUUCAUUACUGGUGAAGUCCUGUGCUGCUAACCAACUAUUUGGACUAGGGCCGGGAUAAGGCCGAAAGUGGCUGAAGAGAUGGGCUGUGUAGCAUUUGUCUGCUCUGCCAUGUAAUGUCCUUAAACUCAAAAGUCCUGAGUUGACUGAAUUUCUGUUCUUUUUUUAUUUUCAAAAGAAACAAUUGAGAUUGAAAACAUGUUAUGAAAAUGAUGAGUUGGCACAUGAGGUCUUAAAAAAAACUUUAAUGUCACCAUUUUCAUUUCAAAAUAAACUGGAGUUCGUACACUAAACAGAGAUGGUCCAUGCAUCACCGUGUAAAUGGACUUAGAAUAUUUAUUUUCUAAAAUAUGGUAUAAAAGAAAUUUUCGUGAAGAUUCAUACUGGUAGCUGUUAUUUUUUAUUGAAUUUCUGACAUACACCUAAUCUCAAAAGCAUUAUAGAAUAAUAAAUGUUACAUUAAGAUUGGUUUGUACAAUGUAUAUACAAGACCCUAUGCGCUCAGACCGUGAUUUAAAAAAAAAUGAAAAUGAUGUAUAUGUAACAGAUCAGUAUUGAUAUGUAAGAAGUAAUCUAUCAGAGUGUAAUAUAACAACACCAUGAAAUAAGGAGCCACUGAUUUGGCAUUAUCAAAUACAAUACGGAAAGGGCGGUAUAUUCUUCUGAUUUCAAAAGCUUUUCAUAAAUUGAGUGUUGACACGGCAUCUGAAAUUUGAAUGAAAUUGGAGUAGUUUUCAUUGUUUCUUGCUUUCUAUUGUGAGAACUUUAUUUUUGCAAUGAUUAAUUCAGUUUGUGCUAUUUCUGCCUAUCCGUAAUCAAGUAUCAGAUUUCUCCAAAAUAUCAGCUGUACAUUGUCCACUCUUAAUUUUAUUGUUUACAUGGUUACAAACUGUAUUGUGACGGUAGUCCCAUAUUUCAUUUUGAUCAGUUGUUCAUGGUUAGACAUUUUGUAGUGAUUCAAAAAGGGAUGGAUCUUUACCAAAGUAAAAACAAACAAACAAUGAAGGACUCUCCUAUGAGGAGUACUAGUGCUUUAGAGGCCCUUUGCACAUUGUGUUUGAAUGGCAGGAGUUAGAGGAGCAAGCAAGAGAGAGAAGGGAAUAGUUGCCAGGGAGAGAAU